AAUCUUAUCCACAAACAUUAUUAUAGUUUGUGUGUUAUCCACAUAGCUUCAUCAUCACUUUCUCUACUCUACUCUUAUCUUCCAAUGUCGUUCACCGUUGCCACCGUUAAUACCGGUGGUGCAGGAAUCCUCUACAACACCACAACAACAACCACACUCUACACCCUCCCAUCUUCUUCAAGAAGAAGAACCCUUCACAUAGUUUCAGCUAAGAAAUUCUCUCCUCGUUCAAGAAAAAUCCUACCAACAACAACAACAACAACAAAUAAUGAUCUUGAAACACAACCAACGGCUGAGAUUGAUAUACCCUUUUACUCAGAUGAAGAUUGGCCGUUUCCUUGGAGACCUCCUGGUACCACAAAGGAACCCGAUUUCUUUGAAGGUCCUCAGUGGAAUACUCUUGGUUUCGUUGGAGAGUAUCUUUGGAUUCUUGGUGGUCUUUUUGCGGUACUUGGUGGCGGGUAUGCUGCCUUAAAUUAUAAUCAAGGAGCAUCGGAUUUUAAGGAGACACCUGCAUACAAAGAAUCUGUUCAGUCUCAAGAACUGUUAGAACAACCUGAAGCAACUGACUCAGACAUAUUCGAAUCCAAUCCAACAGAGGUAGCUCCUAGUUUGGAUUAGUCAUGCAUCCAUAGAUACAACAAACAUACCUUGUUUUAGCAUAUGAAAAUCCAGGUGAAUUAUUUCAAACUUUGUUGCACUCAAUUUGUAAGGCAAAAUGCUUCUGUUUUGCAUAAACAUAGUAUGUGUAUCAAUUCUAAAGCAAAUUGGGUGAAUUAGUUGUAAGGGGAAAUGUAAUGCAAUUUCUUACAAAAUUGUCUUGUUGAUGUUAUAUUUAUUCAAUUCUUAGAAGUUGCAAAUCAUUGAUCAAAUCACCGUUGAUGGUCUUAUUUCAUAUAUAGAUAAAAACAAUUGAAAUUUAGAGUUGAAA